AUGUCUAAGCGCGGUAUUUCGAGAGUAUUUUGUCAUAAAACGAUUUUAUCGGAAAAACUCUUUAAAUUACGAAAUUAUUUGAAACGUCUAACGAUGAAUACGGGAAAAGUUCUCUCAAACGCCGACCUUGCACAGGCUGAAAAUUGUGUCGAAGCGAUGAACCUAAUGGUGCCGGGUCCUCUCAUUGGAAGCUCCUCGAAGCUCCUCGAGGUGGAUCUCAUCCGGGACUCAACCGAUCUCAAAGAUUCUGAUAGAGCUACUCAUCGCGCCUCACCCUCCAUUGCAACUUACCCAUCUUCUCAUCCCGAUGACGAAAACGGAGAGGAUAACCGCGAUGAUGAAAAUUCGAGCAAUUCAACGUCAGGGUCAAGCAGCCCAGCCACAGCCGACACCACAUUUGGCAUCGUUUCUUUGUUGGAAGUCGAUUCAACUGUUGAUGGCACGCCAAUUCUUCGAGACGAUGAGGUGGCGUUUAUCUCGUCAGCUGCAGCUUUUGUCUCACGAGAACGUCCAUUUAAGCGAUGCGUUAAGAAGGCCGAUUGCCGCAUGUUGCGCCGUCUCGGCUGGGGUGUUCGCGGCGUGGCAAAAUGGCAAAAUGCGUGGAAUGAGUAUCGACGGAGACAUCCAUAUCAUCAAAUUCUCGUUGAAGAGGAUCGAGAACAAUCGAAUUAUCUUACAAGGACCACGAGUGCUAUCAAAGAAAAUCUGACGGAAGUUUUUGUAGGAGCGAUCACUUCACUAACGCGUGGUGUGAGCAAGCUUGGCUUC